AUGGCAUGGACUUCAGCUUCAUUAGUUCAAAAGCCCUUCAAGUAUGAUGUCUUUUUGAGUUUCAGGGGUGAAGACACCCGUAAGACAUUUGUUGAUCAUCUCUAUCAUGCUCUUCUGCGGGAAGGCAUUACGACUUACAAAGAUGAUGAAAGAAUUGAGAAAGGGGAAAGGAUCAGUGAUCAGCUCAUCACAUCCAUUGAAGACUCCAGAUUUUACAUCAUUGUUUUCUCCAAGAACUAUGCAUCUUCGUCAUGGUGCUUAAAUGAGCUGGUAAAGAUUAUGGAAUGCCAAAAGACGAUGGUGCAGACUGCUCACCCGAUCUUCUAUGAUGUGGAACCCACCGAAGUCCGGUACCAAUGUGGGGCAGUUGGAGAAGCAUUUGCAAAACAUGUAGACAAUGAGGCUGCUUGGAUAUGGAGAGAUGCUCUGAAAGAAGCAGCCGGUCUGGCUGGGUGGGAGUUACCUAUGACCCGUUUGCUAUUUGGUGACCCAGUUAAACAAAACCGGUAA